AUGAUUAUUUCUCUUUUAAAUCAAAAAGGUGGGGUAGGUAAAACUACUUUGUCUAUAAACAUCGCAGGAGCUCUAUCAGAAGAAGGUAAUAAAGUUUUAUUAAUUGAUGCAGAUCCACAAGGAAGCGCAUUAGACUGGGCAACUAAAAGAAAAGCUGAUUUGAUUUUUAAUUCUAUAGCUAUUAAUAAACCCAUAAUACAUAAGGAAAUAAAUGCUUUUGUUAAAGCUUAUGAUCACAUCAUUAUAGAUGGACCACCUAGAGUUUAUGAUGUUGCAAGAUCAGCAAUAGCAGCAAGCAAUCUGAUUUUAAUUCCUGUUCAAACAUCUCCGUAUGAUGUAUGGGCAGCAUCUGAAAUUGUAGAUCAAAUUAAAGAAGUAGCAGAACCUCUUUCAGAAAUAAGAAAAAUUAAGAGAGCUUUUUUAAUAAAUAGAAAAAUAAAAAAUACUGCUAUUGGUAGAGAUGUAGCUGAAUCACUAAGUAGUUAUAACAUAGAUGUUCUUAAUACUCAUAUACAUUCAAGAAUCAUUUAUGCUGAAUCAGCAGCAGUAGGUUUAUGUGUGCAUGAAUCUGAAAACGACCAAGCAAAAACUGAAAUAAAAUGCCUUGUUAAAGAAAUUUUAACAAAAUAUGACAGGAAACAGAAGAAAAUAACGAUUUCUGUAAGCGAAGAAUUGCACAAAAAAAUAAAGUUAUAUUGUGCUCAUAAUGAUAUAAAAAUCAAAGACCAAAUUAUAGAAAUCUUAGAAAAAGAAUUCCCAUAA